AUGGUGCAAGUCCAAGAUUUUCAACGCAAUUACCAAGAUGAUCGCACUCUAAUUGUAUUUGUCACUAUAGCAGAUGCACAGCUAAAGAACGCGGGUAAUCAUAUAGUAUCGGCUGUCGUUAAGAUUAACGGCAUAGACGCCACGGACUACCUUGAGGCUCACGCUGCGUUAGGCAUCGAUGCUCAUGAUCCGGACGCUAGGUAUAAUCGCCUUUUUCCAGACCCAGUUGCUGCCAUCUCACAACAGUGGCCCCUCGGCGAUUGGGCAAGAAAUAAAGGGAUGUGGCCAGGAGCAGCCACUUUUUUACUACAAUUUGCCAACGGCAGUACUAGGUCUCUCGAAAUUACGGCAACAUGGCCAACAGCAUCAGGAAAGAUGAACCAUACCGCUGGAGGCUCGCUAUAUGAAGCAUUUUGUGACGCAACAUUACCAGCAAACGCCGUCCAUGACUCCCCAGCCAUUCCCCCGAAAUACAAAGAACCGACCAUCAAAUCGCCUCCCAUCAUGGGACAUUACGAUAACUUGAUGUUUGGGUAUUAUCUCGAUGGUAUCGGUCUUGAUGAUGUCGCCGUUUUACAGCUUCCGACAUUUCAAUCGACCAAGCUCGAUACCAAAUCACCUAAUGUAACAACGAUUUCUGAAACCGCCGCAAUAUUCAUACAACGCGCUGUUUCCGAUCGCAAGAUACGAAUGAUAGUGGAUGUCUCAAGUAAUGGGGGUGGAGAUUUGAUCCAAGGCUUUCGACUCGCAAGCAUUUUCUUUCCGGACAAACCCAUUUAUACGACGACUAGGUUUCGAGCAACAGAAUUGGUUGAUCUCAUGGGUAGAGUUUACAACCGUACGGUGGAAAUGGAUGCUACUGCAGAUAUGGAUUUUGACCCUUCUCUUGUGGCUCAGUGGAUGGUGAGUCCAGACCAGCGGAGCAAUUUUCAAUCUUGGGGUGAUCUGUACGGCCCUCAUCAGGUUAUGAACAGCAACAUGUCUACUCUACAUGCAAGAUUCAAUUUUAGUCAAAGGCUGGAAACAAACAGGUCCAUGGAGUUGCAACAAUCGGGACCUGAUACAACCGGAGGAACGGGGGCUUUUGCUCCAAAGAACAUUAUCAUAGUAAUGCUUACGUUUUACUCAUACUUUCGACGAUUCGGCUAA